GCCAGACAGAUGGCGGAGGAUGGUGAAUAACCUAAGGUUCGGCGACGAAUGAAACCUGUUCUCCUCACCUGUUGCUCUUAACCACAUGCGCGUAAGAAGCCAUAAUUGGUGUAAAAUAUCCGUCAUGUCGUUAAUUAUAAAUUAGAUAUUUCUUUGUUAUGUUUGAUAAAGGGAAAUAUUUUUACAAUUUUGUGGAAUUAUUGCUUGUUUCUCCUCAUUUGUGCCUACCUUUUCAUUUAAGUGAAAUUCAGAUACGUUGUAUUCCAACGAAUGAUUUGUACCGACCGAUGAUGUGGUAAUGGUUUGAAGUAGUUCGAAUUUUUGUGAGUCUAUGAUUAGUAUAGACGAGCAACAAAAUGCGGACGGACUUAACGAAACGUGUUUUAACAUUUUGUACAUUUUUCAUUUGUUGUGGUUGCUUAGCAUUGUUGUCUGCAGCUUUUGCUACACAAAGAUGGAUUGUAGCUAGACCCAUGAAGACCGGACUACCAGCAAGCAUUAGUAACGCGACAGCAGGUGACAGUACAAAAUUCCGUGGCGAAUUAUAUUUUGGUUUGUUCGAAGGCUCUAAAACAUUGAAUUAUGGCUUUGGUGAUAGAAAAAGUCAUAUAUGGAUUCAACAAGAAAUGGUGAAAAACCCUCAACUUUUUACCUUCAGUUUAUGGCUGUUGACAAUUAUGUGUUUAGGUCUUGCUAUGUUAUUUGCAUUAAUUAGUGCUGUGUUUGCUGUCAUUAAUACUGUUGUGACACCCGUUGAAGUUAUUACAGGAAUAGCUGGCCUGUAUCUUUGGAAUGGAAUUGGAGCUCUCUUUUCUGCUGGCAGUGUUCUUAGUUGGGCUAUUCAAUAUUACACGAAGCUUCAUGAUAAUGUCAUGACAAAAGAAGAACUGGACCAACAAUGGACUUCAAGAGACAAGGCUUGGUUUGGUUAUAGUUUUUGGUUUGCUGUGUCUGCAUUUAUACUGUUUGCUGUUAAUAUUAUCAUUACUACACUUGCUGUCCGGCAACCUUGGGAAAAGAGGAAACCAAAACUUACAAUGAAUAAGAAUCCUGAGGGUGUUAUUAUGUUGUAUUGAUGUUCCUUGUUUGUAUAUACUUAGAUGUAUAUAUGAUGUUUGUUUAUUUAUAUGCAUUAAAUCACAAUUUUCUGAAUCUCAUAUUGUUUUCCUGAUAUUUUCCAUUAUUAUAAUGGAAAAUCAUGAUUUUACCAUUAUUGUAACAAAAACUGUUGAUUUGAAAAUAAAUUAUAUUUUUUCGUUCUUCUUUUACAUCAUCUAAUAUUAAUUUCAGUUUAUCAAUUACAUUUUAUAUUAACCUGUAACAUAAGUAGCAUUACUUGUAGAAUAAAAUUCUCUGACCAUUUUGUUAUUCACACACCCAGACGUUGUAUAGAUAAAAUCUCCGUUUUUUGUUAUCCAUUAAAUUUUUUCUUUUCCAUUAAUGUUAUGCGUUAAUAAAUGGUAAUUUUUUUUUUAAUUUCCCAGAAUUUAAUGUAGCAAAUCUUUGAGUUAUUCUCAAUGUGUAAGAUCAUGCAAAGAUAAAAAAAAUUUUCAUUAAUUUUUAAAUUGAUUUUUUUUAUUACUUUUAUAUAUAUGUAAAACUUCUCUUUUUAAUUUUUUAUUUUUUUAUUCUGUAUGUUGAAAUUUGAUAUUAUGGUGAUUUGUCUUGAAUUUUUAAAAAAAUGUUUUGCUUUGUGAAAGCAGAGCGUUUUUAUAAGAACCAUCCAUGGAAUAGAGUGUGUUGUAUUACUAUUCAGUAUGGUAAUAAAUUCUGCUUAAUUUAAAUUAAAUUGGCCCUUAUUCAAGCUAUUUUGCAAUCAGGUAAUAAGCAGAACUGAGAUGUUUAUCUUUCUAACAGUUCUUUUUAUAAUUUGGAAAUUUAAGCCAGUUUGUUGAGUUAAGUGUUUUUGUAGAAGUAUUGCAGUGGUGAUUAUAUGUGAUUUGCUUUGUCAUAGUAUGAUGAAAAAUAAAUUGCUAUUCAUGAAAAGAAGCAAAGAAAACUCAUUUCGAGCUCAUAUUAUGGAUUCAGGGUGCCAAUUUCUGCAGAAUUAAUUUACAUUAUAGAUCAAGCUGAAAGUUCAUUGUCUGACCUUUUAUUCUUAAAAACAAUUGCUGAAUUCAUUUUGCCUUUAAUUUCCAAACACUUAAUGUCUACAUCUAAAUUAACCAGUUUUUUUUAGUUUUUAUAACAGCAUGGGAAGUGGACCAGGGGUUAUUUAAUAAGUUGAAUCUGAUUAGAGUUAAUUUUUUUCUAUUUUUAUGAAUGCCCAAUGUUUAUUUCAUUUAUGUGGAAUUCAUGUUAGAUAAUUUUGAAAUUUUAGUUCAUUAAAAUCUCAUCAGCUAAAUGUAAAUUAUGAGUGGCUUAUAAUCGGUUAUUUUACUACUGUUUGAAUAUAAAAUGCUGUUUUGACAUUUCUGUUAAAAGACAAAAUCUAUUUAAAUUUUAAAUAUAUUUAAUUAAUAUGCUGUGGAAAAUUAGAUUGUUCGUGCUUUUCAGCUCUUUUCUCAGCUUUUCUGUCCCAAAAAUUUUCCUUAAUGUUAAGGUAGUAAUUCUCUUGAAGGCUUGGAGAAAUUUCGCCUGUUAUACUGGGAUCAUAACAAAUUUUAAUUGGUACUUGUUGAAAAUGAUUCUUUUCUACUUUUUACCUCUUGCUUGAAAAACUUAUGCAUGAUUGCAUGUGGUAAUGAUUGCUUUGGUAGUAUUGAAUAUUUUUUUGUACACUUUUCUCCCAUAUGUAUGCAAACAAUCAAAAAGGUUUAUUUAGUGUUUAUGCAUUUCUUUAGUUGAUGUGAUUCUUUUCUUUCUAUAUUUAAUAAAUCAUCACUAUAUAAUUAAAGAAAUUUACAAUUCCGUAUUUGAAUUUUUAUUUGUGUGUAAACAAAAAGAAUUUAGUGUUAUGUCAGUUAUUAUUUAGAAAUAUCAUGAUUGAUGGUAUACUUGUGAAAUACAAAAAGAAGAAGAAAAUGUUAAAAUAGGAAGAAAAAAUAUGUAUAUUAAAAAUUAUUUUGGUUUUGGGAAAACAUUUUUGUUCUUUGUAUAUAUCCAAAUUUGUAUUAUUUUCUUUAAUCUUUCAGGGUUCUCACUUAUUAAGGAACAUAUAAUAAUUUCAAAAAGUAUUGGCAGCUCUAUUGUAGAUUAUUUUUUUUUUUAAAUUCAAAACUCCAAAAAGUAACUGCGUGAAAGCGGGAAGUUUUUUUCCCUUCCCUUCCCUUCCCUUCCCUUUCAGAUAUUUCUUGUUUAACGAUUAUAUUGAUUUUUGUUUUUCUGCAUCAACCUUUAAAGUCAAAUGCUUUUGUUAUUUUGUGUAAAUUCAUGCAUUUUCGGAAAGCAAAAGUUUUUAAAUAUAAUAUUGAGUGGGAAUCCUGACUUAUGCUCAUGUUUAUGUCAAUUUGUUUCCAGUCUGCUUGGAAAUCUUUAUGGAUUGAAUUUCACCCCCGGUGUGUUUAAUAUAAUUAUAAUAAAGAUACUCAUUUUAUUUUAAUUAUUGUAAUAAAUUUUUACAGUAAAAUUUCAUGGAUUGAAUUUCAUCCCCGGUGUACUUAAUAUAAAAUAUAUAUUUUUUGAAUUUUUGUAGUAAAUUAAUUUCAGUGUAUCAAACCAGGCAUAUAGAUAUUAUAGAAUAUGUUAACAAGAUUUCUCAUACUUAGAUCUCUUGUUUAAGGCUGCAGUUUGAAAAUCUUAUAAAUCAAAUGAAUUGUGUAGAUAUUUAUAAAUUCUCUUUAUAACAUAUAUAUAAAUGUGCCAUAUCAAGGCAGCAAUUUUGGUGUUUGGUACUUGACAUAUGCUUAUCAUCAUCAUUUGUGAAUAUGAAAUGAAAUAUUGUAUAAUUCAUGGUUAAAUAAUUUUUCUUUUUUAUCAAUUUGAUAUUUAAUGUAUAUAUGUGAGUGAUAUUUUUUUACUCUAUUUACCCUGAAAAAUCUUACUUGCUGUAUAUUAUAUUAACCUUUUAUAAAUUUUGUGUGUGUUUUUAAUA